AUGGUGCAUGUUGAUAACUUUCUGAGCUCAGAACUGUGGUUUCUUCGUUACUGCGGAGUGCUUCGCGAAAAUUCCAUGUUGUGGAAUAUCCGUAGAUUUUAUUGUUUUUUAGUUUUGAUAAGUUUCCUGAUUUUGCAAACAAUUUAUAUUUUCCAAAAUGUUGAUAACUUUCUGGCUAUUUGUGAUGUUAUUCCAACAAUGGUAGUAUGUAUGGUGGCAAUUUCCAAAUUCUACAUGUUUGUGUUCCAUUCGUCAACUAUAUUCGCUUUGAUUGAUUCAUUCAAAAAACUUCAAGUACAUUCAAAUUGUGACGGAAUAAAAAUAUUCCACGACAGCAGUCAAUUUCAUGCUAAGCUCACAAAAAUAUAUAUCACAUCGUCGCUGAUAGUUGGAUGGUUUUACAUAUUGAACGCUGUUGUUGCAACUGUUCGCCAAGCUGAUCAAAAUAUCCGUUUCGUUGCUCCCAUGGCUUUCCCUCAUAGCUAUCAACAUCCUGUAACUUUUUUCGUAACUUUUCUGGUGAACUGCGAUUCUAUUCACAUGAGUAUUUUCAUUAGUGCAAGUGUAGAUACGUGUUUUUCAGAAUUGGCUACACAUGUUGCGAUACAUUUCAACAUCCUGCAACACCGAUUUCAAGCAUUAGAUUUUUCAAAAGAGCGCAAUCGUGAAUUUAAAUCACUGAUGCAUUACCACAAAGAUGUACUUAAGUUGUGCCUGAGCAUGACCAACUUAUUUAGUUAUACUGUUUUCUUUCUAUUGUUACUUGACUCACUUCUACUGUGUGUAAUUGGAUAUCAAAUGGUUGUUUUUUUUAACACCCCUCGGAUGUUAAUGUUGUUAUCGUUUGGAUUUGUAAUGAUAUUACAGGCAGUUAUAUACACAUAUCAUGGAUCUAGAAUGUAUUACGAGAGUUUAAGGGUGGCCGAUGCUUUAUAUCAAAGUAAUUGGUAUGAUGGGAAAGUGGUCAGAAGAAAAGAGCUACUUUUUUGCAUGUUGCGUGCACAAAAACCCAUUAUAACAAGAGGAGGAUUCAUAACAGCAACAUUACCAACUCUAAAAAAGAUAUUAAGCUCAUCCGGCUCAUACAUAACAAUGUUGCUCUCAUUCGAUUCUUGA